AUGCCGUCGUCGCAGUCACCGAAGCCCUUGCCUACGUUAACACAACUAUGCGCUGCUCGCGUGUCUCUGGACACUCCAGUGGAGAACUUCUCUAUCGUGCCUAACCACAUCCUGCCUCUGCUACGCUAUCCUAUGGCCCGUAAAUUGAACGGUCAUGGAGAGAAGCUUGAUGACUGGUUGGAGAGUCACAUGGAACACUUACGCAACACUACUCCUUCCGCCGCGCGACUUUUGUUGUUGCAUUGUUCCGAUCUGCCUCAUUCUUUUCACGUGACUCAUAUGGACGCCACCGUCAUCUCUUUUGACACCGUACCCAAAUUCCGGGGAUGUGAUCUCCUCGAUUAUUUCCAGCCUACUUCAAGACAUGUAACCGCGACCUCCAGUGAAUUCCACUCGCAGCUCCAAUUAGUCACUGACGGGCUACUCAAUAACUUGACCUGGAACGGCAUUGCUCUUGUGGGAGCGUCUGUCUUAUUCACUUUGACCGACCCUAUCACGAGAGGUCCACACUGGCUUCAAACGUGGCGUGCGUGUCCAAUAACCCUGAUUCUACUGCGUGACAGUACACUGUCAAUUGAAGAUCGCUUACGCAACAUCCUAUCCUGUUUCAAGAACAACCGACCAGGUCGAAGGUACUGGAUAUGGCGCGGAAUCGCCUCCAUAUCCAUUGUCUCGGACGAGGACCGCCGCAUCGACAUACUACAACGGAUUUACGACGGGCCUCUUGAAUGGCUGCUGGAGGAGCCCGUCGACGCCCUAGGAUUGUUGUGGGACGGACUGGACCUCACCGCUACUCCUUGCGCACUUCGGGCUAUCGAGACUAGCAGCAACUCUAUAAACUUUAGAGUGAUCGAAGCAGAUCGUCGAGCCUUUUGUACCGAUAAUUUAUCCUUUGACCUUUUGUCUUUAUCCUUGCAGGGUUUCGCGCUCCGUCUAUCGGAAACUGAUCUCGCCGGUUUAUACGCCCGCAGCGAAACCGCAGAUCUAGGAGUUGCCCCCCGAGUCAAGUUCCGUCGGGAUAUGAAUGAACAGCGGUCUUUCGUGGCCUCAUUGCUUCCUGGUGGCCCCCCAUAUCCUCUGCGAUUGGAGCUGCGCACUCCAGCAUGGUUCACUGAGGGCCUCAAUGAGAGUCCCGGUAGAUCCUAUCUGGAUUCCAGCACGACUUUGCUGCGACACGUGGCCUUCGUGGAAUGGGUGAUACAGCAUGAUAUACAGUUAUGUGCUCCUUCUUACCAUGUGGACGGGAUCAUGGAUAUUCCUUUACUGAAUGCCCCGUCCUUGAGUCGACUCACCGUGUGGGCGCUCACACAGAGUAGGCGAACGUGGGAGCACAACCGGUCACACGCAUUUUCUCCGUUCAUUCCAAGAGAUAAUCGAGAAAUGAAAUUUCGCCACUUGCUCGUGGCCUCAGCGAUGGUAGAUCUCUUUACAAUCGACGAACCCGCAUUACGGCUGCCACUCAUUUUACCCUAUAACUUCUUCUUGCGCGCAAAACAAGUAUUCGUGGACCAAUCAAGACAUUUCUCUUCUGCAGCCAGCAUUCUCCAAGCGUUCCCUUUGUCCCCUGACCCGCAACUGCCUGGGCCUGGCGAAGAAAAUUCACACCGCCCCUGCCUGGUGGUUUGGACGCAACCUGCGUUCUUGCCCUGGACCAGAACGAAUCCACGCAUGCGUCGGUUGUGGGAGAUACUGCUGGCCUACCGCAGUAUUUUCAACGAAAUCGUGGCUUACUCAUGGGAGACGGUGUCCGAGUUCGAUGCAGACAAGGUGGUGCAUAGAUUCGAAAACACCAUUGCGUCUACGAUGGAUUGGAAGUCUUGGUAUAAUGAUGACCGUACGAAUCCUUAA